CGUUGACGGAGAGUCUAUUCUUGUCCUUCCAAAACUAAAGCCCCACAACCACCCCAUGUCCUUCUAGCAGAAAUUAAACUUUGUAUGCCCCCCAAGGAGAACCAGAUGAUACUGUUGUAAACCCUUGGAUAAGUAGUGUGUUUCCCUUUGCAACCAGUUGGAUAAGUAAAAUAUGGGGAUAUUCUCCACUGCUGGGCUCUUUCUAGCUGUUCUACUUUGUAAUGGAAUUUUUUUGCAGUCCUGUUUGGGCAGUGGAUCAAUUCCAGCCAUCACCUGCAUUGAACAAGAGAGACAAGCUCUCCUGAAGUUCAAACGAAGCCUAACAGACACAACACGUCGGCUCUCCUCUUGGACCGGCGAAGAUUGUUGCAACUGGAAAGGAAUUCAAUGUGACGGAAAUACUUCCCAUGUCCUGAAGCUUGAUCUAGUCAGUUUAGACCCAGACGCAGCGCCAAUAAAGGCCAAUGAAGUGAACCCUUCAUUGCUUGAACUGAAGUAUCUGGAGCACUUGGACUUGAGCGGAAACAAUUUUCACCACAUCCCGACUUUCCUUGGAUCAAUGACGUCGUUGAGGUAUCUUAAUCUCUCUAAUUCACGUUUCAGGGGAAGGGUCCCCCAUCAUCUUGGAAAUGUUUCUAACUUGAUGGUUCUUGAUCUUAACUGCAUAGAUAAGGGAUCGUUAACUAUUGAUGAUUUCACUUGGGUUUCUCGUCUUUCCUCGUUGCAAUACCUUGAUGCGAGUGGCAUGGAUCUUAGUCGAGCGCUGAAUUUGAAUGUGAUACUAAAUAUGCUUCCUUGUUUAACAGAGUUGCGCUUGUCGAGAUGUGAACUCUAUAGCACUCUUUUAGUAUCUCAUUUCUAUUUGAACUCUACUGCUUCCAAUAUAAGGAAACUGGAUCUUAGUUGGAACUCAUUCACCGGCGAAUUCCCUAAAUUUGUUGAAAACUUGACUGCUUUGAGAGUUCUUGAUCUUUCCUUUAACUACUACUUGAAUUCUUCCUUUCCUCCCUAUCUGGAAAACCUUAAAAGCCUUGAACAUCUCAAUCUUGCCUACAGCUCGUUUACCGGUGGUGAUGUUGGGUUAUCGAGGCUUUUGCUGACUCAAUGUACCUUGAAAUCAUUAGACAUGACGUCAAACGAAUUCGAAGGGCAGAUGUCAAGAGCAGAUGUCAAGAAGCUAUGGAAAUUUAUCUGGAUGCGCCAUGUAUAAUUUAGAGAUGCUAAUUUUAAGAGCUAAUCGAUUCAUCUCCGGUUACUUGCCGGAUUGGCUGGGGCUAUUCAAGCGUUUAAAAUACCUUGAUCUUUCAGCGAAUUCGUUUAGUGGGUCCAUUCCUCAAUCGCUGGGGACGUUGUCAGCUUUGGAAGUACUGCGUAUUAAUGUGAAUCAGUUAAAUGGAACAAUUCCAGUUUCUCUUGGUCAAUUAUCAAGCCUCAUGAUCUUAGAUAUUUCUUACAAUCAGUUAACUGGAACCAUUCCAGUUUCUCUUGGUCAAUUAUCAAACCUAAAGAUACUGGAUCUCUCUUCUAAUCACCUAGAAGGAGUUUUAACUGAGGCCAAUUUUGCCAAUCUCACAAUUUUAGAGGAGCUGAGCAUAGAUUCUAACUUGUUGACAUUGAAGGUGAUAUCUGACUGGAUGCCCCCUUUUCAAGUGAAAUCAUUACUAAUGGGUUCUUGCAAAAUUGGGACUACUGGUUUCCCUCAGUGGCUUCGAACCCAAAAGAAAGUUUCUUUUUUGGAUAUUUCUAAUGCUAGCAUAUCAGGAACCUUUCCUCAAUGGCUAGAUGAAAUGCCUCUUGUGACCUUGGAUCUUUCACAUAACCUUAUCGGUGGACCGAUUCAAAAACUUCCUCCCACUUUAAAGACAUUGGAUCUUUCCCAUAAUAACCUUAUCGGUGGACCGAUUCAAAAACUUCCUCCUACUUUAAAGGAAUUGUAUCUUUCCCAUAACCUUAUCGGUCGACCGAUAUUUCAAAAACUUCCUCCCACUUUAAAGGAAUUGGAUCUCUCCAAUAACUUAAUCUCUGGACCUCUUCCACAAAAUAUCAGUGAGAUGGUGCCCAGUUUGGGAACUCUGUUACUAGCCGGUAACUUGAUAAGUGGUUUGAUACCCUGCUCAUUGUGGGAAAUUCCAGCUCUACAAGACCUUGAUCUCUCCAAAAACAAGCUAUUUGGGAAUCUUCCCCAUUUUAAGGGGUGGGGUGCACCUUCAGCACUACGGGUUAUGAGAUUAUCGUCCAACAAGCUUUCGGGAAUUCUUCCUUCCUCGAUUGGAAAUUUUGCUUCUCUGGGGUGGUUACACUUGAACAACAACAGUUUUCAUGGAGAGCUUCCUUCGACAUUGAGAAACUGCACAAGUUUAAUGGUAUUGGAUCUUGGUGAGAAUAGAUUCUCUGGAAGCAUACCUACAUGGAUCGGAGACUUGUUUUAUUUGAAAGUUUUGAGACUGCACAAGAAUAUGUUCAUUGAUAACAUUCCUUCACAAUUGUGUCAAAUGUUGUUCCUCCAAAUCAUGGACUUCGGAAAUAAUCACUUGACGGGACCCAUCCCGCGUUGUUUAGGCAAACUCUCUGGCAUGAUUUUGUAUGCCAAGGGUUAUGAUGAGCGUUUGGUUCACACAAGCAUGAUGCAAGGCAUUAAAGGAAGUGAACGUGAAUUCACCAGCUGGACCUUAGAAUUACUAGUCAACAUGGACCUUUCGAUGAACAAUCUGGUUGGAUCAAUCCCGAAAGAGAUCACAAAUCUUUCUGGGUUGUGCGGGCUUAAUCUCUCUCAUAACAAUCUGAUAGGAAAAAUCCCAGAGAAAAUUGGUGGGUUGAAGUCACUGGAAUCUCUUGAUUUUUCCAAGAAUCAACUUGUGGGGAUAAUUCCACAAAGCAUUUCGGAGUUGAAUUUCUUAAGCCGUUUAAACUUGUCAUACAACAACUUGUCUGGACGAAUUCCAACGGGAAACCAGCUCCAAACUUUUACCUCAUCUAGUUACCUUGGCAACAGUGAACUCUGCGGAGAUCCAUUACCAAGAAAAUGUCGCGGUGAUGAAAAAUCUCAACCUCCGACAGCCACAGGUCACGGGGAAGAACACGAGGAAGAUGACUUCGAAAAAGUUUGGUUGUACGUGGCUAUAAUGAGCGGCUAUGCAACGGGGUUAUGGGGAUUCGUAGGAGUUCUGCUGUUAAAAAAGUCCUGGAGGCACGCUUAUUUCCGGUUCGUGGUCAUGGUCAAAGACAAGGUACUACUGGCGAUUGCGCUCGGAGUUGCUCGACUGAAGAAUUACAUCGAUCAGUUCGGUGGGUGAAAACGCAAAUCCGCGGUCCCAGUUCAACCCGUUAAAUCUCCCUGUAUCGUGUUGCUUGGGACUUACACAUCAGAGGAGAGUAAUUACGAAUAUACUCUUGUUUACAUAAUUAUGGUUUAGAAUGCUGCAUCCGUGAUUAUGUGUUUAAAAGCAUCAAACCUCGCAUGAAUUAAUUAAAAUUGGACGGCUUGCAAGGAAGCGUCACUUUUAAUUGAAAAGGAAUUUUGAUUGUUGAUAAUUGAGAUAUUGAAUAUGAUGUUGUGAUUGAAUUGCUUAAAGAGAAGCAAUUAAAGUUAAGGGAUGAAAUUCUUUUAAAGAGAAAGGAAACCGAGGUUAUCGGUAUCGAAACAUCUGAAUGUUGAGUUUGGCCGUUAAGAGGAAUAUUAGGGUUUUGAUGUCAUGAUUACCUAAAUCUUGGGCUAGCUAUCCAAUCAUUGUCGGUGUUCUGUUCAUGAAAGAUGUUGAAAAGAGAUAUGUCUGUUCUCCCUCCUUUCUUUUGUUCUCCCCCAGUUCUAUUGUAAAGUGGAAAAAUGCAUAAAAUGACUUUGCAUUCUAAAUUGUGGAAACUUA